UGUUUCUUCAUUUCAGGCGUCAAACUUCGCGACCUUUUUGAAGUUGGCGGGGUUUCGUGUUCUUCUCCUCUAAAACCCUGCGCAUAAACCCAAAAAGGAUCCCACCUUUCUGAAGCUCCACCCCCUCCUUCAAUGGUAUGCAAGCAUCAGAGAUGAAAGCUCUGAGAACCCUCUACUCCCAUCGACACUUGCUCACCAACCCCCCAAUCAAGCCCAGACCUUUCGUGUGCUUCAGCUCUUCAAAGAACCUUGAAUCCGCCCGCCGGUUAGGAUUCAGCUCCUCAGCAGGCGUCGACACUGUUUAUGACCCCAUCAGCAGGAGGCUUGUGACGAGGAGAGGCGCGGCGCGAAGCGGCGGCGGGCAAGAGCGAGAUCUCGAGUUCGUUUCAGGCGUUUCAGGCUCCGAAAACAAUGUGGAGGAGGACGAGAGGGGGACGACUCGGUGGAUUGUGAAAGAGAGUAAAUCGGUGAAUGGGUCGUCGAAUUCCUCUUCUGAGGAUGGGGAUGUUUCAGGGGAAAGGGUAUAUGCUGCGGCGAGGAAGCAGAAUUCGGGGUUCCGCGCUACCGGGGCGAGUAAGAAGAGCAAGAAGGGGAAGAGCAGGACUAGCUGGGUCUGCUGUCAUUGCGGGCAUACGGAGGGGCAGUGGUGGGGAACUUGUCGGGCGUGUGAGAAAGUUGGGACCUUGAAGGAGUUCUUGGAUGAAGAGCCUCAUGGUGGUAAUACUAAGGUCUCGGGUUUUCAAGUAUCCGACAAAGUGGUUCAGUCUUGGCUGCCCCAGCGGGCAGGGGAGGAUCGGCCGCUGAGGAUAACUGAAGUGAAUCGAGGAUUGAAUCAUUCCGACUGGCGGAUUCCACUGUAUGGACUCUUUGGACACGAGGUUUCUAGGGUACUUGGAGGUGGUCUUGUACCAGGUUCUUUGGUUUUGGUUGGAGGAGAUCCCGGAGUUGGCAAGAGCACGCUGUUGCUGCAGAUUGCCGCAAUGAUUUCUGAAGGUAAUGAUGUGGGAAAACCUGCUCCUGUUGUAUAUGUCUCAGGCGAAGAGAGCGUUGAGCAAAUUUGCAGCAGAGCUGACCGUAUCAGUAUUGUAACGGAUGAAUUGUACUUGUAUUCGAGUACCGAUAUUGAGGACAUUUUAGAAAAGAUUCAGGCUCUCUCACCUCGAGCUCUUAUUGUUGAUUCAAUCCAAACAGUGUAUCUUCAAGGAGUGAUGGGAAGUGCUGGAGGCCUUUCACAGGUCAAGGAAUGUACGUCAGCGUUGCUUCGUUUUGCAAAGAAAACAAACAUCCCUGUUAUAUUGAUUGGGCAUGUGACAAAAACCGGAGAGAUCGCUGGACCGAGAGUCUUGGAGCAUAUCGUUGAUGUCGUUUUGUAUCUGGAAGGGGAGAAGAGCUCAUCUCACCGUUUGCUUCGAUCUGUGAAGAAUCGAUUUGGCUCCACUGAUGAGCUUGGAGUUUUUGAAAUGUCACAGUUGGGACUUCAACCCGUUACAAACCCCAGUGAGAUCUUCCUUAGCGAGGAACAGUCAGAGUCAGAGGUUUUAGCUGGUCUAGCAGUUGCUGUAAUUAUGGACGGAUCCCGAAGUUUUCUCGUUGAAAUUCAGGCAUUAUGCUUGUCUGGCUCCUCAGUAUCGAGGCAGGUGAAUGGUAUCCAAGCUAGCAGAGCUGACAUGAUUAUUUCGGUUCUAGUGAAGCAAGCUGGUUUGAAGCUUCAAGAGAAUGCUAUCUUCUUGAAUGUCGUCAGUGGGGUGACCUUAUCGGAGACCGCUGGCGAUCUUGGAGUGGCAGCAGCAAUUUGCAGCAGCUUUUUAGAGUUUCCGAUACCCUCUGGAAUUGCAUUUAUUGGGGAAGUCGGCCUAGGGGGUGAGCUUCGCACGGUGCCGAGAAUGGAGAAGAGGGUUAAUACUCUAGCAAAGCUUGGGUACAGGACGUGCAUUGUACCAAAGUCUGCUGAGAAGGUUCUGGAGGCAUCUGAUUUUGGAGAUAUGAUGAUAAUUGGGUGUCGGAAUCUGAAGGAAGUCAUUAACAAGGUAUUUGUGACAUAGCAACGAAGAUGAACCCGAACUAUGAUGACUGUACGGUGAAGAUGAUCCCCAAUUAAAAUGAUUGUACAUGUGACAUAUCACCUGCAAAAGGGGAGAAUCGGGAGGGGAUCGCAAUGCCGCUCUCUUCGAUGCUUAAAUCAGAAUGCUCCUAACAAAUAGAGUAAUUAAGAUAAAUUAAUUAAA